AGCCUAAAAUCAUUAAAAAAUAUUCACAUGGUUGUGUUAUAAAAGCUGCAUAACGCUAAAGGUACCCUCAAAGAUCUUAACUAAACUUAACUUUGACAAAUUGCGGAGGCACAACUUGACAAAAUAAGUUGACCUAACAUUGAUUGUUCCAAUCGAUACUCAUUUAUCGAAAAUAAUUUAGAUUUUAAACUUUACGGAUCGCAGGAACUCAGCAAAAUAUCGAAAUACAUAUAUAUAUACACAUACGUGGCACAAGUCAAGCGCUGAUGUUCCAAGCAAGCGCCGCAUGCUACACGCAACGAGUCUGAAACCAGACUGCACAGCCGUUGUCGCAACUCUCGACCAUUUGUCCCGGUUCAAUCGUAGGUUGACCAGUUGUUAUAAGUCAGAAUGAAGCUUCAGUUCCUAAUAUGUAUUGCAGCAGCAGUACUAGUUGCAGUUUGUGGAGAAGAAGAGCUCAAUGAGGGUGCUCGACUACUAGUCCACAAAAACAUCCACAACAAGUAUCUUGUUGAAAAUAAGGAUGUAAUUAUCAAGUACACUGUGUACAAUGUUGGGAGCUCCGCUGCUUUGGAAGUUGAUAUCACUGAUAAUUCUUUCGAUCCUGAUAACUUUGCCCAUGUCAGUGGAGAACUGAAUGCCAGAAUUGAUCGAGUUCCUCCUAACACUAAUGUUACCCAUACUGUUGUUGUAAGGCCAAGGAAAGCUGGUUACUUCAACUUUACUUCUGCUGAAGUGCUAUACAAGAGGAAAGAUGAUGUUCCCAAGCUUCAAAUUGCUGCUAGUAGUGAACCUGGUGUUGCAUACUUUGUUUCGUACAAAGAGUUUGACAAGCAAUUCUCUUCCCAUGUAGUUGAUUGGCUUGCAUUUGCUGUCAUGACUUUACCAUCUUUAGCAAUUCCAUUUUUCUUGUGGUUCUCCAGCAAACGCAAGUAUGAGAAGCUGUCUAAAAAUUCAAAGAAACACUAGUGCUGAGAUUUUUAAUUAGAAGAAUACAAAAACUUAAUUUGCGUGAUUGUGAGAGGUGCGACUGUUCUGUUGUAUACUUCGAAUUUUGUAAUAAAUUUUAUUUAUGAAUAUUUAAU